AUGCCAUCUAUGACAGAUUUGACUCUUACAUCAAUAACAUUAGCCUGUCUAUUUGGUACUUUAUAUCUUUCAAAUCGUAUGAAAAAAUUAAAAAUUCAAAUUGAUGAAAAAAAAUCCGAUAUUCAAAUAACUGAAGAAAAUCUAUGGCAAUUAAAUACUGAUCUUAGUCGAUCAAUUCUUACAAAAUUACGUUUACUCGAUCGCUUAUCAUCAUCACAAGCAUAA